CAAAACAAUAACAAGCAUUGCAAGUGUACGUGUUUAUUUGAAAAGUUUACAGCUGUGCUGAAACAAUUAAACUGGAGUCAAGAAAAUAACAUUCUGCUCCGAUGGAUCCCGAGGAAUAUAAAGUGUUGCACGAAAGUUGCAUGCAAAACAACAACGGCACAUCAGCAGUUCAAGUCUUUCUACACGUCGUGCCGUCGUACUUCGCUUUGUUCCAUGCCGUUCAGCUCACUUCGGCAGCCGCAGUUACGCACAUUCCAGGCCGGUUCAUGUUGGAGUUUUGCCUGAUAGUGUUACCCUUUGUGCUAAUCGUCACAAUAUUGAGCCAGUCAGUCAUGAAAAUUACUAUCACAUUGGCUUUCACGACGAUUAUUGCCGUCGUUCAUCAGAUGAAGCACAAAACGCAUUUCAUGCCAUUCGUGCAGAUUCCUGGGAGGAAACCGCAGUUUGUCACGUUGUUGAGGGCAAUGGUGAAUGUGAUGACCGCAGUCUGUAUGUUGGCUGUGGAUUUCAAAGUAUUUCCUAGAGAGCUAGCCAAAACGGAAACGUUUGGAUUUGGCUUGAUGGAUAUUGGCGUCGGAAUGUAUGUGUUCACCAAUGGAAUCGUUUACAAGGUCAAUAAGGAGCAGACACUCAACCUGAAAAGAGUUCGAGAUGUAUGUCUCAGCAGCUUCCCCCUCGUAGUAUUGGGAGCAGCGCGGUUUUUCAUCACGCAAGAGAUAGACUAUCAGCAGCACAUCUCGGAAUAUGGUGUGCACUGGAAUUUCUUUAUCACAUUAGCUAUCAUUAAGAUAAUUGGGACACUGAUGAUGGAUGCCAUCAAAGACCCGGAGAUUGCAAAGUUCAUCGCAAUAACCAUCCUCUGCUGCCACGAAAUGCUACUGCAUUUGGGUGUUUCACGUUACGUUCUCAGUGCGAAAGUUGGACGCUCGAACUUUGUGGACGCAAAUAGGGAAGGCAUUGCAUCGAUACCAGGUUAUAUCGCGCUGUACCUCGCUUCGGCUAACGUAGGAUCUGUUAUGCGACCAUCGAUGGAAAUUCAACCAGCCAAAAAAUUUAUUCGCAACGCUGUUAAACUCAGUUUCAUCGCUGGUGUCUGUUGGAAGAUGAUAUAUGUAUGCGAGGAUAUGUUCGGCGUUUCGCGGAGACUCGCCAACAUGGGUUAUGUUUUCUGGAUAUUAUCGCUUGGAACCACUUUGUGUGUUCUGUUUAUGCUGCUGGAAGUUUUCAUAUACUUCGUUCGAUUCGAGGAGCCGAAAACGCCAGAACAAAUAAUGAAGGGUGAUGAUUUCUGUAUUCCUUAUACGCCGCUGAUAUUGGAAGCUGUCAACGAAAACGGGUUGGCUUUCUUUCUGGCGGCGAAUCUACUGACAGGGUUGGUAAAUAUAGUUUUCCAGACGAUGCUACUGGAGAAGGCGGCAGCUUUGACUAUCAUUAGUUAUUACAGUUUCAUCCUUUGCGUAGCGGCUGUAUUCAUGCACGUGAACAAGAUCAAACUGAAAGUUUGGUAACAAAGCAGUGAUUUUUAGGCGAUCAAAUCUAGUCAUUAAAAAGAAAGACACAUUUAGCUUGUAGUGAAAACAGUUUAAAAUAUUGUCCAUAUACUUAUUCCAAAAACUUCAUUUGUAGCGUUGUAAGUACAUCGAACUUCAAUUCGAUAACAUUAAGACUUUUAAUAAACCAUUAAACCAUUUUAAUAAA